AUGGCAUCUCAAUUUCAGCCUGGCCAUCGUGUUCCUAUCCAGCACCUAGAGAAGCCUGGAUUACAGGCCGAUCUAAAAGAAGCCCCUGUGUCUACUCAUCUUCCGACAGAGGAUGGUGGAUACCAACUUUAUAAGGCAGCUGGAAAACUGGAUGGUAAAAAAGCCAUUAUUACUGGUGGUGACUCGGGAAUCGGGCGCGCCAUUGCUCUGCUCUUUGCGAUGGAAGGAGCGUCGAGUCUCAUCAUAUAUUUGCCAGAGGAAGAAAAAGAUGCACAGGAAACCAAGAAACAAGUUCAAGAAAUUGGCCGUGAAUGUCAUUGCUUGGCUAUUGAUCUUCGAAGAAAGGAGAACUGCAAAAAGGUAAUUGAUGUGGCUUUGCAAUCCCUUGGUAGCAUUGACAUACUUGUCAACAAUGCUGCAUUUCAGCACAUGCUUAGCGAUAUUAGUGAAUUGUCCGAGGAUCAGUGGGAAAGGACGUUUGAUACCAACAUUCAUCCGUUCUUUUACCUUUCCAAGUACGCCCUGCCUCACAUGAAAAGGGGCUCAACUAUCAUCAAUUGCUCUUCGGUUAACCAUUACAUCGGUCGACCUGAUCUCCUUGAUUAUACGUCUACCAAGGGAGCUAUUGUAGCGUUCACGCGAGGUUUGUCCAACCAACAAGUUGGCAAAGGCAUAAGAGUCAAUUGUGUCUGCCCUGGUCCAAUCUGGACCCCUCUUAUUCCUUCGACAAUGCAUACGUCUGCAAUGGAGCAGUUUCACACCGUGCCCAUCGGCCGUCCAGGACAGCCCAGUGAAGUCGCUACAUGUUUCGUUUUUCUUGCAAGUCAAGACAGCAGCUUCAUGUCUGGCCAAUGCUUGCACCCCAACGGUGGCGUCGUGGUUAAUGGAUAG